AUGUCACACUACUCCAAUUCGACAAUGUCCAUGUCGGCACCGAGUCUUCCAGCCAUGCCGAGCCAUCAACAAAUGAUGAACAACGGGAUGAUGGGCGGCCAUGCCCCUGUCUCUGCUCCUGGGACGCAGCCAUCUCCCGUCCAUCCGCAGGAUUCCUUUGCGCGGCCGCCUCCAACCCCGACCUACUACAACUCACARCAGUCAUCGACACCUCAGCAAACCAACUUCCCGUACUCGAGUGGACCAUCGCCGAUCCAGCAGAGCCCGAGCAGCGCUAGUGGGCCUUUGUCGAAGAUGUCUCCAGUCAAUCAGCAGGGACAGAUACCCUCGCUGCAACCACAGUCACACCAACAACAGUAUGCGCAACACAGGCCGUACAGCUAUCAGAUGCCUGUCCUCACGAACGUCAACAACCCUGGCGGACAGGUCUCUCUGGUCGGAGGCGGGAUGCCGCAUGGUAUGAUGCCCAAUUACAACGGCGGACAUGCAGCACAAUACUCGCAAAUGUACACCCACCAUCCCCAACAAGCCAACCCACCAAACGACAGACCCUUUCGUUGCGAUCAAUGUCCCCAGAGUUUCAACAGGAAUCAUGACUUGAAGCGACACAAGCGAAUUCACUUGGCUGUAAAGCCGUUUCCCUGCGGGCAUUGCGACAAGAGCUUCUCUCGUAAAGAUGCACUCAAGCGACAUGUUUUGGUCAAAGGCUGCGGCAAAGCACAUGCGAACAUGGAUGUCAAGGAGCUAGAUGGCUCUAUGUCUCCCGAUUCGAAGAGUGAAGGCAUGGGAACCAGUCCCGUACUUACAACGUCGGCAUAG